AUGGCUGCCGCGCCGGCCCCGCGGGGGUGGCAGUGGCGGGAGCCGCGCGCGCUCGGCCGGGCGGUCCGGCAGCUGCAGCGCCUGGAAGAGCAAUGCGGGGACCCCCGGCUGGCCCUGGGGCCCCCCUCGCUGCGGGACCUGCUGCCCCGCACCGCGCAGCUCCUGCGAGACGUGGCCAAAGCCCGGCGCGGAGCGGACGGACGCGGCGCCCAGGGUCCCGGGGGCGCCGGGGACUUUCUCGCCAUCUACCUGGCCAACCUGGAGGCCAAAGGCAAGCAGGUGGCCGCGCUGCUGCCCGCCCGGGGCCAGAGGGAGGCCAACGAUGAGCUCUUCCGGGAGGGAUCGAGGCUCAGGCGGCAGCUGGCCAAGCUGGCCCUCAUCUUCAGCCACAUGCACGCAGAGCUGGGCGCGCUCUUCCCUGGGGGAAAGUACAAUGGCCACCUGUACCAGCUUGCCAAGGCGCCAGCCCACAGCUUCUGGAGGGAGCACUGUGGAGCCAGGUGUGUGCUGCCCUGGGCCGAGUUCCAGUCUAUCCUGUGCUCCUGCCACCCUGUGGAACCAGGACCUGCUGCCCAGGCCUUGUGCUCCACCAUGGAUCUCACCUGCAGCCGCCACGUGUCCAUCUUUGAGUUUGACAUCUUCACCAGGCUCUUCGAGCCCUGGCCAACGCUGCUCAGGAACUGGCAGCUCCUGGCUGUCACCCACCCAGGCUACAUGGCCUUCCUCACAUACGAGGAGGUUCAAGCACGCUUGCAGGCCUGCAGAGACAAGCCAGGCAGCUACAUCUUCCGGCCCAGCUGCACUCGCCUGGGACAAUGGGCCAUUGGGUACGUGAGCUCGGAUGGCAGCAUUCUACAAACCAUCCCUCUCAGCAGACCCCUGUUCCAAGUGCUUCUGAAGGGGCAGAAGGAUGGCAUCUACCUCUAUCCCGAUGGGAAGAGCCACAACCCAGAUCUGACGGAGCUGUGCCAGGCAGAGCCCCACAAACGCAUCCACGUGUCGGAGGAGCAGCUGCAGCUCUACCUGGCUAUGAACUCCACAUUUGAACUCUGUAAAAUCUGUGCUGAAAGCGACAAGGACGUGCGGAUCCAGCCGUGCGGUCACCUGCUCUGCAGUCGCUGCCUGGCAGCCUGGGAGCGUUCAGACAGCAGGACCUGCCCCUUCUGCCGCCGGGAGAUCCAGGGCCGGGAGGCCGUCAGCAUCUACCAGGCGCGGGCCGCGCCCCAGGACGCAGAGGAGCCGAGGGACAGCAGUGGCCUGGAGGACAGGGAGUGGGAGCCCGUGCAGGUGGAUCCCUUGCCUCCUCCGCUCCCCCCUCGGCUAGAUCUGUCCUCCCAGAGACUCAGAAGCGAAGCCAGGCUGAAUGUGGCCCCUCUCACCGUUCCCAGACUCCAGGCCCCUCUCCCCUUGCCUAGAAUGAAAACCGUGGCCUCAGCCCCGUGGGAUGUCACCUCCAGCCCCCAGGCCAGGCAGGGGGCUGCAGAAAGAUCCUGAUAGGAAAGUCACCGUGCCAGCUGGCCCUGUGUGACCCACCAUCCCACACCAGGCCUGGAGGCCAGGGCACCGGGACGAGCUGUGAAGGACCCUGGGGCUGGGAGGGAAAUAAACUCCCAAGCCUGCUCCGUC